AUGUCGAAUGAAGCAGAAAAAGAUAUCAAUGCCGAAUCAGAAAUUGACUUUUCGGUCGUUGACGCUCUUCCUGAAAAGGAUGCGGAUACCGAAGAAAAAAAAGAAACAGUAGAAGCCGUCCCAUUCUCAAAAUUACUCCGUUUUGCCACUCCUGUAGAAUACCUCUAUAUGUUCGUCGGGUCGAUUGCUGCGUUGGUUUCCGGGGCGGCUCUGCCAUUAAUGACCAUU